GCCGCCGUGGGGCGCCAUGGGCCGGCUGCUCCUGCUGCUGCUGCUCCCGCUGGCCCGCGUCCCCGCGCUGCCCCUCUACAACGGCUUCUACUACUCCAAUGGCCCCGGCGGCCAGAACACCGGCAACGGCCGCGGCGAAGGCGUGUUCAACGGAGUGAAGCUGGUGGUGGAGAUGCCCGAGGAGACCCUGUUCUCCCACCGGGGGGCCAAUGUGACCCUGCCCUGCCACUACCGCUACGAGCCGGCCCUGGUCACCCCGCGGCCCGUGCGCAUCAAAUGGUGGAAGCUGUCGGAGAAUGGGGCCCCGGAGCAGGACGUGCUGGUGGCCAUCGGGCUGAGGCACCGCUCCUUCGGAGACUACCGAGGCCGGGUGCAUCUGCGGCAGGACAGGGAGCGUGAAGUGUCACUGGAGAUCCGGGACCUGCGGCCAGAGGACUACGGGCGCUACCGCUGCGAGGUCAUUGACGGGCUGGAAGAUGAGAGCGGCCUGGUGGAGCUGGAGCUGCGGGGUGUGGUCUUUCCCUACCAGCACCCCCAGGGGCGCUACCAGCUCACCUUCCAUGAGGCCAAGCGGGCCUGCGAGGAGCAGGACGCGGUGGUGGCCUCCUUUGAGCAGCUGUUCCGGGCCUGGGAGGAGGGCCUGGACUGGUGCAACGCGGGCUGGCUGCAGGACGCCUCGGUGCAGUACCCCAUCACGCUGGCCCGGCAGCCCUGCGGCGGCCUGGGCCUGGCACCCGGCGUGCGCAGCUAUGGCCCACGCCACCGCCGCCUGCACCGCUAUGACGUGUUCUGCUUCACUGCGGCCCUCAAGGGGCGGGUGUACUACCUGGAGCACCCGGAGAAGCUGACGCUGGCAGAGGCAAGGGAGGCCUGCCUGGAGGACGACGCGCAGAUCGCCAAGGUGGGCCAGCUCUUUGCCGCCUGGAAGUUCCGUGGCCUGGACCGCUGUGAUGCCGGCUGGCUGGCGGAUGGCAGCGCCCGCUACCCUGUGGCUCACCCGCGUCCCAACUGCGGGUCCCCGGAGCCCGGUGUCCGCAGCUUCGGCUUCCCAGACCCGCAGAGACGCGAGUACGGCGUCUACUGCUACCGCCCGCGCUAGACCCCGCGCCGGCUCUGGACCCACCCGCCCCGCCCCUUGCGGGCUUUAUUUAUUCACUGGUUCAUUUUCCCUUUCGAGUUGGGGCAGUUUUCAUAUUGUUUUUAUACUUCUCAACUUAAAAAAUUUUUUUAAAUUAUUACAAAUUUUUUUGUAAAUCCUACAGUUCCCAAAUCCUCCCUCUGCUUCUGUGGACACCCCAAGGCUCCCCCCCUCCAGGAUCCUCUUGCCCCUCUCCUCUGGGACCUUUGAGGUUUGUGGGCUCAGGAGGGCUCCCUU